CAUUACAAAACUGAAGGUAAAAUUUGCAAGGACCCAUCCUAAACAAAUCAAGGAGGUCACUAACCUCUCGGCCUGUGUCACUGAACAAAGGUAAAACUGGAACAAACAAGAGCAGUAACAGAGAAAGGAACAACGGGAAACAGUCAACAUGAGAUUCUGGCACCUUCUAGUAAUCUUCACCAUACUGUAUUCUGAUGGAUACUGCAUUGAAUUAACUGGGCUGUUUGGAAGGAUCUCUUCUCCUGCGUUCCCGAAACCUUACCCUAAUGACCAGACUAUGACUUGGGAUAUUAAAGUUCCUGUAGGACAUCGGGUCAAGAUUUAUUUCACCUACUUCAACCUGGAGUUAUCAUAUUUAUGUGAAUAUGAUUAUGUUGAGCUUAAAUCUAAAGGGACAGUGGUGGCUCAUUUCUGUGGAACGGAGUCUACAGAUACUGAGAAAGCCCCAGAAAAUGGCUCCUUCUACUCCCUGGAUAACACAAUGGCUGUGACUUUCAGAAGUGACUUCUCCAAUGAGAAAGAGUUUAAUGGCUUUGAGGCUUUCUACGUGGCUGAAGAUAUUGAUGAGUGUGAAAAACAAGAUGAAGACACAGAGGUAUGUGACCACUUCUGCCACAAUCACAUUGGAGGACAUUAUUGCAGUUGCCGACCUGGCUUCAAAUUGCACACAGACAAAAAAACCUGCAUUGUUAAAUGUGAUGAUGUGACCUACACCACACGUUCAGGUGAGAUUAUAAGCCCAGACUUUCCCAAGAUCUACCCUAAAAUGACAAACUGCAGAUAUCGGAUUCAAGUUGAAGAAGGAUUCUUUAUCCUGCUAAGGUUUCUGCACUUUGAUGUAGAGUCACAUCCAGAUGUUGUAUGUCCUUAUGACCGUUUACAGAUCAUAGCUGGUGGGAAAGCCCUUCCUCCCCUCUGUGGUGAGAGUUUACCUCCAGAAAUUGAUACAAGGAGCAAUAAGGUGGACAUUGUAUUUACAACAGAUGAAUCAGGACGUCACACAGGAUGGAAAAUGCAAUACACAACCAAAGCUCUUCCAUGUCCUGAUCCUCUGCUGCCACCUAAGGGUCGUUUUACACCUUUUCAGAAGAUCUAUGUGGUGAAGGAUCGCCUUUCACUUUCCUGUGAAAAAGGAUAUGUAUUGGAACAGAAUAAGCAGAUAUUAUCCUCAUUCACUGCCGUGUGCCGGACUGAUGGGACGUGGGAUAAAUCUCUGCCGAAAUGUGUCAUUGUAGACUGUGGCCCACCUGACAACCUGGAAAAUGGGAAUUUCACAUUUGAAACAGAGCAUAAAGUGACUACAUAUAAUGCACAGAUCCUGUACAGAUGUCAUGAACCAAUUUACUUAAUGAAAGAAAAACAAGCUCGAUACCGGUGUGGAGAAGGAGGACGCUGGGAAGAGGUUAUUACUGGAAAUGAAACACUCCCAACCUGCACACCCGAUUGCGGUAAGAAAAAAAUCCGGGCCCAUGGAAGAAUAAUUGGUGGCCAGGUUGCCAAGCUGGGUGAUUUCCCUUGGCAAGUUUUCAUAAAACCUGAAGGCACUAAAGGCGGUGCUGGGGCGCUACUUAAUGACAGAUGGGUUAUAACUGCUGCUCAUGUCAUCUAUGAGGAAAACGUGAAUAAUAUCAUCUUAAAAAUGGGAGUAAUCAUUAAAAACGAUGCCAGUGCUUAUAAAGCAGUUCCCGAACACAUUUAUGUCCAUCCAGACUACAAGGAUGAUGGCACCUUUAAAAAUGAUAUUGCGCUGAUUCAAUUACAAGAUAAAGUCCCGUUAAAUGAAUACAUCUUAGGAAUCUGUCUUCCAACCAAGGACAAACGAUUCCAGAUAAACCACGCUGAGAAUGGUCACAACGUUGGGGAAGUGUCUGGAUGGGGUAGAACAGAGACCUCAAAACCAUCAAAGGAGCUGCUUUAUGUUGAGGUGGACAUUGUUGAUCAAGCCAUCUGUAAUGAUGCCUACAAGAAGCUUAAUUCUGUAGUCACUGACAGUAUGUUCUGUGCUGGUAAGGAAGGGAAGGAUUCUUGUGCAGGAGAUAGUGGUGGGGCACUGGUAAUUGAAGAUACUGUCACUGAUAAGUGGUUUAUUGGGGGCAUAGUAUCCUGGGGACCAAAAAAGUGCGGUACUGCAGGUUUAUAUGGUGUAUAUACUAAAGUAGACAGCUAUCUUAACUGGAUUGAAGACACAAUGAAAAAUGCUGAUUAAUCAGAAAAAGAACCAUAAAGUUACCAAGCCCUCU